UCUCCUCCCCCACCCAUCGCGGCCAUAAGACGCCACCUCUCCACCACCGCAUCACCACCACCACCACCACCUCCUCGUCGUCGUCUCGCCCUCGCACGCAGACGACGCAUCCGACACAAGCGCGAUCGAUGGAGCGGCGACCGGAGAUGCGGCGGACGAUGACGCUGUCGGAGCAGCUGUCCACGCCCGACCCGGCCAUCCGCGACUUCCUCAAGAUCCCCCACGACGACGGCGGGGAGGGAGGGGGAGGUGAGGGAGGGAGCCCCACUGCGGCCGCGGAGUCCGGCGGUGGCGGUGGCGGGGUCAGUGGUAUGAUUAACUGGAAGCCGCUGCGGGACAGGCUCCGGCUACGGCGCGCGGCGAGCGCGUGGACGUCCCCGUCGCCGAAGCCCGCCGCGUCGAACAGCGGCGGCGGCGCGGCCCUGAGCAGCAGCAACAGCGGGAUCAGCCACAGCAACAAGUACAACUACUCCCCCGGCGAGGCCGCGGCGGCCUUCUCCCGCACCUUCUCCCGCACGCCGUCGCUCCGCCCGACGCCGACCUUCUCCCGCGCCGCCUCCACCCGCGUCGGCCCCACCUCCUUGUCCAGCAGCAACCGGCGCGCCGCGGUCGACGUCGACGACGACGACGACGGCCACAACAACAACGAGGAGGAAGAAGACGAGGGCGAGGACGACGAAGAGGAGGAGCAGGGCAAGGACGACGAGGCGCCCGCGGCGCAGAUGUCGCUGAUGGCGCUGCUGGAGCAGACGGACAGCCAGUGGGACAGCGAAGACGAGGACGACCACGGCCACGGCCACGGCGGCGGCGGCGGCGGCGGCGGCGCCCGCAAGAACGCCGACGCCGACGACGACGACGACGGCGAGGGCCGCGAGGAGGAGAUGGUGCACGUGUGCUGCGUCUGCAUGGUGCGGCACAAGGGCGCCGCCUUCAUCCCCUGCGGCCACACCUUCUGCCGCCUCUGCUCCCGCGAGCUCUGGGUCAGCCGCGGCAACUGCCCCCUCUGCAACGGCUUCAUCCAAGAAAUCCUCGACAUCUUCUGAUCAUCCUCCAAACCUUUCCUCAUCAUCCAUCUCUCCAAGAUUCUUCAGACGCAGAGCACGAUCAUGGUAGUAGCUAAGAUUUUUGGCUGGUUGACGGGGCGUGUGAGCGGCCGAAUUGAUGCGCCGCUCCGCUGCAAACCUUGAAAAACUCGUAGGAGAUUUGCUCGACGGAUCGAUCGACAGGUUGAUUGAUUGAUUUGUGCGACACGAACGCUGUCACUGCAUUGCUGAAACACUGUAUCUAUUGGCGUUGCUAAAC